AUGCAUUCUCCUUCUGUGUCAGACUCGGUCGUCGCCAACAUGGGCUACAAGGUGCGGAACCUUGCCUUGAGCCAGCAACCCUCCAUCGACAUCUUCCUUAAGGGCACACAGGGCGUGCACAGCGCCUACGUGACCUCCUUCUCCACCAUGGACAAGCUGGAAGGAACUGUCUCCAUCACAGCAAAGCAUGACACGAGAUUCGACGAGCUUGAGAUCGCCUUCGUCGGCGUCAGCAAGACAUGGGUCGACAGAAUGACCAGCGGAACAACGAUGAACGGGCGAACAGAAGCCUCACAUCGCUUCUUGAAGCUCAUACAGCCCAUUGAAGAUUCUAGCCUGCCGCAACCUAGAAUCGCCGAAGCUGGCCGAACCUACAGCUUCCCCUUUACCUUCGUUGUGCCGCAACAGUUGGUUGACUCGGCAUGCGACAUAGUAUCGAACGACCAAAUAAAAAGCGCGCAUCUACAGGUCCCCCCGAGCCUGGGUGACCCAGACCUCUCUGGGUUUGGCGGCGUUCUCCUCGAUGACCUCAGCCCCAGCAUGGCGAAGAUAUCGUACGCAAUCCAAGUCAAGAUGACCAGAUACCGCGAAACCGACGGUAAGGCCGUAACCGUUGCCGACAAGGCGAGGAAGGUCCGCGUUAAGCCUGCUUUCGAGGAGCAGCCGCCCUUGAGCGUUGACGAAAAGGACGAGGAGUACCGGCUCCGGCAGGAAAAGACGAUUCGGAAGGGCCUUUUUAAGGGCAAGCUCGGCCGGCUGGUGAUCGAGACCGCUCAACCCAAAAGCUUCAGCCUGCCAGCAAGCAACAGUAAUACAGUCACUACCAUGGCGAAGGUGUUGCUUCGCUUUGAUCCCGCGGAAGCGAGCGCUCAACCACCGAAGCUCGGGUCGCUGAGCAGCAAACUAAAAAUCGGCACUUGGUUUUCAACAAAGCCACGGAAAGACUAUCCCAGCAAGAAGGUCUUCAUGUACGACGCGAGACAAGGUCUCUACUCCGAAACGCUAUCCCUGUCCUCACGCUGUGUCGAAUCAGCCAAGUGGGAGCGACACACUUCUGCGAGCACACUUACUCGACGUGACUCUGCCGUGUCUGAUGUCUCUUCUGACGGCCUUCCGGAGGCGUCUAGUAACUACGCUGGAGGGAUGUUCUACACCGCCCAGAUUCUCGUCCCACUCACACUCCCGACGAACAAGAACUUCGUCCCGACGUUCCACUCUUGCCUCAUUUCGCGCGUCUACGCUCUGAAGCUGGAGCUCAGCGUCCAAGCCCCAGGCAUGACCGGCCCAAGCAUGUCACUCAAGGUGCCGGUCCAGAUCUCCGCGGAAGGCAGCGCUCGGCAAGAGGAGCAUCGCCGCUCUAUCGAAGAGGCGGCGAGAGCAGCUAUCGAAGCAGAGGCGGUCUUCCGGGCGAGGAGCGUCGCGCCUCCCAGUGAUGAAUACCUUGGCAGCAGCACCGCGAUGACUGCCCUUCCUCCACAGUAUGAGUUUGUUGCGCCAGGCUCACCAAUUGCUAGGCAGACUGUAUCUGCUUGGUAG